AUGGCGUCACAUUGCUCUAUGAGAGGAGCUGUGGGAGUAAUCCUCCUCAGAUUCUCCAAUGGUGUCUCAUCUAGAUCAAUCCUCAACUCCAGAAACCAUCGUCUUCCUCUUCUCACCAUGAGAAACUCUCUCUCCUCACUCUCCUCAAUCUCGCCUCACACUGCUACUUCGCAUUUCACGCCGUCACAUUCAGAUGAACGAAACUGCAGCAAGCGUCAAGUCAGAAAGAUUUGGAUUUCUUCUCCUCUUUGUAUGGGUCGUCGCUCUUCCAAAAUCGCUGGCCGAAAGGGGGCUCAAGAUUCAAAGAAGGCGAAGCUAUACUGUAGAAUUGGCAAGGAGGUUGUGUCUGCUGUCAGGAAAGGGGGUCCAAACCCAGUUUCAAAUACAGUUUUAGCUACCAUCCUUGAGAAAGCAAAGGAUCUAGAUGUACCAAAGGACAUUGUGGAGCGUAAUAUUAAAAGGGCUUCUGAGAAAGGGCAAGAAGAUUUUAUAGAGAAGAUUUAUGAGGUAUAUGGCUAUGGUGGAGUUAGUAUGGUAGUGGAGGUCUUAACAGACAAAAUUAACCGAUCAGUGGCAGCUGUUAGAUCGGUUGUUAAGGAUUACGGUGGGAAAAUGGCUGAUUCAGGAUCUGUCAUGUUCAAGUUUAGACGAGUUAGGGUAGUGAAUAUAAAGGUCGCCGAUGCUGACAAAGAUCAGCUCCUUAAUAUUGCUUUAGAUGCUGGAGCAGAGGAUGUUAUUGAUCCUCCAACUUAUGAAGAUGAUACUGAUGAAGAUAUGGCUGAAAGGUACUACAAAAUUGUAACUUCUUCUGAGAACUACUCAACGGUAUUGUCAAAGCUACGUGAUGAAGGAGUGAACUUCGAGCCUGACAAUGGCUCUGAAUUGCUCCCUCUGGCUACAGUUGAGGUGGAUGAUGAGGCCAUGGAAUUAAACAAAGAGCUUAUGCAGAAACUACUAGAGCUUGAUGAUGUUGAUGCUGUUUAUAUCGACCAAAAAUGA